UGCGGUGCGGUGUGCAUCUACUCUACAUGAUCCGAGCCACACCGAACUCUCCCGAAGAUAGCCGAAGUCAACGGAAGCUGGACAUUAGCGAUUGCACCGAUAUUCACAUACGAGCAGCAACUGAUCCAAUUUAUGUAUGCUGUAGAUCAGAGGGUAUCAGUUAGUGGCUACCGGUCGAAGAUGCAGGACCGCUUGUUUGUACUACUAGCAUUAGUGUUGCAAAUCGGCGCAGGCGCUGAGGAGCGAGAGCUAUGCUUCCAAAACUUCAAGUUCGGAGUGGCCACCGCGGCUUACCAGGUUGAGGGGGCUUGGAAUGUGUCCGGUAAAGGUGAGAGCAUAUGGGACAGGUAUACCCACGAGCGCCCGGACCGCAUCUUCGACCACCAGACCGGGGACGUGGCUGCCGACUCCUACCACCUGGUGGAGGAGGACGUGAGGCUGCUGGUGGACCUUGGCGUCCAGUUUUACCGCUUCUCCAUAUCCUGGCCCAGGAUACUGCCGAGCGGGUUUAGUAACAAAAUAAACCCAGAUGGCGUAAGGUAUUACAACAAGCUAUUGGACCUGCUCAACCAGCACAAUAUCCUGCCGGUGGUGACGAUGUACCACUGGGACUUGCCGCAGACGCUGCAGCAGCUAGGAGGAUGGACCAACCCUCUGAUUGCGGAUCACUUCGUCAGCUAUGCUAGGGUGUUAUUCGAGAACUUUGGUCCCCGUGUCAAGACGUGGCUGACUUUCAACGAGCCCCUCUCCUUCUGCCAGGGGGGCUACGGCGGGAUCGAAGCGCCGGGGUUCGGCGCCAGUGGGACGGACGACUACCUGUGUGCGCACACUGUAUUGCGCGCACACGGCAUGGUGUUUAGGAUGUAUGAUAGGGAGUUUAGGAAGAAACAGCAAGGGAACGUGGGCAUCACACUGGACUUCUCGUGGCCGGAGCCGCUCACGACCUCCAAGAACAACCAGAUAGCUGCUGAAAUUUUCAGACAAUUCUCGCUGGGCUGGUUCGCGCAUCCAAUAUUCUCCGAAACAGGAGACUAUCCUCCCAUCAUGAGGAAGAGGAUUGACUACAUCUCCAAGCACCAACACUUUCCCCGCUCCCGACUGCCGAAAUUCACCCCCCAGGAGGUGGAGAUGAUUAAAGGUUCCGCAGAUUUUCUGGGCUUCAACCACUAUACGACUUACCUGGUAGAGAAGAACUACCAGCCAAUCCCAGCUCAGCCAUCGUUUGAUUAUGAUAUCGGUGGUAUUAAAACUCAGAAAGAUGACUGGCCUAAGAGCAACUCGACGUGGCUUAAGGUAGUCCCCUGGGGCUUCAGGAAGGCCCUCAACUGGGUUCGUAAGGCCUACAACAACCCACCCAUCAUCGUCACAGAAAACGGAGUGUCCACGCGCCCGGGCACGCAGGACCUAAGACGCAUCAACUAUAUAGAGGGGUACCUCAAGGCUCUACACUCCGCUAUUUAUGUAGAUGGGUGUGACGUCAGAGGGUAUACCUACUGGAGUCUGAUUGAUAAUUUUGAGUGGACCAGGGGAUUCUCGGAAAGGUUCGGACUGUACGAAGUGGACUACGCCUCUCCAAACAAAACGAGGACAAAGCGUCUCUCCGCCGCGUACAUCGCUAAAGUAGCCAAAACACGCUGCCUGCCGCAGUCUUGGACGACAUAAGCAAUUAGAAAUGAGAGUAUAGUCGAAGAUAAGAUUCAGAUUACAACUUUGUAUCUUGGUUGGGUUAAAUUGGCAAAUAACUUCUUCUUAAAAGUAUUUGACUGAAAAAAUAACAAUCUCCAUACAAAAAUUUGUUUAUAUGGGGGAACCUUAGGAAAGGUUACCUUUUUACCUUUAAAAAGAGAGGCAUAAUGUUUCUAAAAACGAAGCUAAGUGUAAAUAAAUUAUAGAAAAUUAAAGACA